AUGGAAUCAUUCAAAGAGAACAAAGGCGAACGAGUCGAUCAAGCCUCCAUGAACAGCUCGGCGCCGGGGAGCGAGAGCCUGAAGAAAGAUAACACCGGCCCCAUCACCACGGCCACCAACCGCGUCGACCAGAGCGGCUUCACCCAUCCCCAGCAUGACAUGAGUGCUCCGGGAAGCAAGAGACAGGAGCCCGACUCGGCUGCAGGAGUCACUACCGCGACCAACAUUACUGACGACAAAGGCUUCACCACACCUGGAGAGGAUAUGAGCAAGGGCCGCAAGGAUACAAAGUGA